CUCAUCGCUCUCAUCGUGGAGCAGCUCAAGAGCCGGGGCCUUUUUGACAGCUUCCGCCGGGACUGCCUGGCCGACGUGGACACCAAGCCAGCUUACCAAAACCUGAGGCAGAAAGUGGAUAAUUUUGUGUCAACACAUCUGGACAAGCAGGAAUGGAAUCCUACAAUGAACAAAAACCAAUUGCGAAAUGGUCUGAGGCAGAGUGUGGUUCAGUCAGGGAUGUUGGAAGCUGGAGUAGACAGGAUUAUUUCUCAGGUGGUGGAUCCAAAACUUAACCACAUCUUCAGGCCACAAAUAGAACGAGCAAUUCAUGAGUUCCUGGCGGCCCAGAAAAAAGCAGCUGUGCCAGCACCCCCUCCAGAGCCUGAAGGCCAGGACCCUCCAGCUCCAUCUCAGGACACUUCCUAAGAAUAUACCUGACACCUUUUGAAAGCUAAUUUCUGGUGAAGAAGUGGAUUGGGUUACAUAAGAGUGCAACUUCAGACCGAAGAUAGGCCAAGGUCGUCACUGAUCUCAAGAUUUCAACCCUGACUACGGGCAGUGACCAGAUUGAAAGGGGAGCAAGUUCGGCAGUGGGAAAGUUGACUAUGUCGCCCCCUGCAUUGUGCUGCCAUUUGGCCAGCCUGUCCAAGGGCAUGACACCAAGUAGACACUACAGAGAGAAACACUACAGCGACCCAGGGUUGUCCUGAAACAGACUUUUAUACUUGAACAUGGAGACUGCGCGUGGACUUUAGGGUUUGUGUGGCGGAAUAAACGGAAGCUACAGUGAGGACAUAGCCAGUCCCAAAGACAAUUUCAGAGAACAUGACAGUAAAGUUUAGCUGGGAGUUGUCUUUGACAGUGUUUAUUUCAUACUGUCUCUCAGAGUUUGCAAACCAGAUUGUACAAGUCAUUAGCAUCAGAUAGCUUUAAAGUUGUGACCUUCUUGUACAUGAAUCUUCUAGCCAGUUUCCUUUCCUUUGUAAUAGAUAAUGAGACAUGAAAUCCUAGAAUGUGUGAGAAGUUCAGACAGUAGGCAUAAGGAAACUCGUUUGCAGGCUGUCUGUCCAGGGCUGCUUCCUGUCCUGAAGGGGCCAGUGAGUCUUGGGUAUGUUUGUUUUAUUCUCACAUUUGUGUUUUUUUAGAAGUGAAUGGUCAAUAAAUGGCUUAUCUUUCAUAAUAAAAUCAUUUGAUACUCUUACUUCGAAGCUUCAGCUGAAGCUUAGACCUCAGGUCUGGGAAGGGCAGCCGUUGUGCUCUGCCUCUGCCAUUUCUGUGCACCACACGUGAUCUACUGGCAGUGAGCAUUGGUACCUAGAACUUAGAACUAUGAAACUAGGAGGUGUGGCUAAAAGUGGGCUGCUUCUCUCCUCCCUGAGCCAUUACUGACACUAGUCUUUAGUUGAGGUGGUCCAUGGUGUGUGUGUCAGUGUUUGUCAACCUUGGGUGUACAGAAGUAGCACCUGGGGAUUUGGGGAAAAUGCAUUUUCCGAUUAAGACGUUUUGGGGUGGGACCUAGGAGUGUUUCUGACAAGCUGCCAGGUGAUGCUGAUGCUGCCAGGCCUCUGAACAUACUGUGUAUAAUAAGCCUUGGAUAAUAUAUCCAAGAUUAUGUCAAACUAAGAGUCUGUGGUUCUUGGUUGAGUCUACUACUGCAUAUUACCGCUAAUCUGAUCAAAAUCUUAACCAAUUCAAUUGGUUCCCUGUUAAGACAAAGGUUCCACUUCCACCUCUACCAUGAAUACCCCUAUAUUAGGACUGCAGUACCAUAUUCAGCAAGAUAUUUGGUAGCAUGUGCCCUCAUUUUAAAGCAAACUGGCCACACGUUUAAGGCAGGUGCAAAUUAU